UUUAUUCUGACAUGUUCCUGUACUUAUAUUUUACUUACCACUAAUACUACCUGACAAAGCCAAUCCACCUGCAUGCUGAUGUUUGCUACUCCCUUUUAAAAUCUGCCUCAUUUGGCCAUGCGACGACUUACGUACGGUGAUAUCUAGGCUGUAAUGGUCACCCGUUUGUCCUAGAAUUGCAGCUCACGACGACCAACAAAUAAGACCAAAUUAACAACAUCAAACUAGUAGUACAAAUCAGAUUCAUAUGCCGACACACACACACACACACACACACACACACACACACACACAGCAUUUGAGAUCAAGGCAAACAGAGUCUACACCACUAGCCAUGGUGGAACUGGGUCUUACCUUGCGCAUCUUGCCGAUCCCUCUCCUCUCCGUCUCGCUCGCAGCCUCAGUCCUCUACUUGCUUCAACGGAGCCAUGGCCGCAAGAACCCAAAGAAGAGUAGCGGUAAGGCCAGCCGGCCACCUCUCCCUCCCGGCCCGCCGCCGCCGCUGUUCCUGGCCAAGCUUCUGUCGCUGAUGCGGCAACCACGCUUCGACAUCGGCCCGCUCCUCCGUGAGCUGCACGCGCGCCACGGGUCCGUCAUCUCCCUCCGCCUCCUCACCACCACCGUCUUCGUCGCCGACCGUCGCCUCGCGCACCGCGUCCUCGUCCGGGACGGCGCCGCCUUCGCGUACCGCCCGCCGCUCGUCGAGCCCAACCCGCUCUUCAACGCUGGCAACAUCAACUCCGCGCCCUACGGGCCCUACUGGCGCCUCGUCCGCCGCAACCUCGCCGCCGAGACGCUGCACCGCGCCCACCUCGGCCUCUUCGCGCCGGCGAGGCGGUGGGCGUGCGACGCCCUCGUUGCCAGCCUCCUCCGCGACACGUCCGAGUGCGUCGUCGUCACGGUCAGGCCGUUCUUGCGGCGCGCCAUGUCCGAUCUCCUCGCGUACAUGUGCUUCGGCGAGCGGCUUCCCCCGGACGUGCUCGACGAGAUCGACACGCUCGAGCGCCACGCGCUGCGCACCGCCACAUCCUUUCCGAUCUUCGCCAUCUUCCCGUCGAUUACAAAGAGGAUCUUUCGCAAGCGCUGGGCGGCACACGUCGCCGUGCGCCGGAGGCAGGAAGAGGUCUACGCUCAGCUCAUCCACGCCACGAGCGCCGCUGUCGCCGACGAAGACCAACCGCCGUGCUAUGCCAGGUCCCUCCUCGCGCUGCGGGUGGCCGACGACGGCGACCGGCCACUCACGGACGCCGAGAUGGUAAGCCUCUGCUCUGAGUUCCUCAACGCCGGGACAGACACAACGGUGACCCUGCUUGAGUGGAUCAUGGCCGAGCUGGUGAACCACCCGGACGUCCAGGCCAAGGUGUACGAGGAGGUGAUCAGAGCCAAGCGCGAGCUCGACGACGCCGUCAACAACCUCCAGGCGAUCCCAUACCUUAAAGCCGUCGUUCUCGAGGGUCUGCGCCUGCACCCGCCAGGCCACUACCUCGUCCCGCAUGCCGUGCGGAGCGACGCCGAGAUCAUCGGUGGCUAUACGGUGCCCAAAGGAGCGGAGGUGAACUUCAUGGUGGCGGAGAUCGGCCGCGACGAGUCGGUGUGGACGGCGGCGCGCGAGUUCCGGCCGGAGCGGUUCCUGGACGGCGGCGAGGGGAGCGGCGUGGACAUCACUGGUAGCCGGGAGAUCAAGAUGAUGCCUUUCGGUGCCGGCCGGAGGAUGUGCCCCGGGUACGCGCUGGGCAUGCACCAUGCCGAGUUCUUCGUGGGGAGCCUCGUCAGGGAGCUGGAGUGGCUGCCGGCGGCGGAGGGAGAGACCGUCAACAUGGAGGAGACCGUGGAUUUCACCACCGUCAUGAAGUACCCGCUCCGUGCGCGCAUCGUACCAAGAAACAAAUCCUACCUCACCUAGAACAAAAAUUUCCAGGAGACAAUAUGUGGCUGUGUGCUUCCAUCUUGUAGAUGCGAAGCAUGACAGACAGCUACUAAUAUAUAUAUAUAUAUAUCUCCAUA